AUGGAGACGCCGCCAGGCGCCUCCAACGGCUCCUCCGGCGGCCUCGGCCUGGCCCGCGCGCUGGCCAACGGCUCGGCCGCGCUCUCGGAGCAGCAGUACGCCCUCGGGCUCUUCCUGUCCUGCCUCUACACCGUUUUCCUCUUCCCCAUCGGCUUCGUGGGCAACCUCCUGAUCCUGGUGGUGAACCUCCGCUUCCGGGAGAAGAUGACCGUCCCCGACCUGUACUUCAUCAACCUGGCGGCCGCGGACCUCAUCCUGGUGGCGGACUCGCUGAUCGAGGUGUUCAACCUGGACGAGCAGUACUACGACAUCACCGCGCUCUGCACGUUCAUGGCGCUCUUCCUGCAGGUCAACAUGUACAGCAGCGUCUUCUUCCUCACCUGGAUGAGCUUCGACCGCUACCUGGCCCUGGCCAAGACCAUGCGCUGCGGCCCGUUCCGCACCAAGCCCCGCGCGCGGCUGAGCUGCGGCCUCAUCUGGAUGGCCUCCGUGUCCGCCACGCUGGUGCCCUUCACCGCCGUGCACCUGCAGCACAGCGAGGACGUCUGCUUCUGCUUCGCAGACGUCAGGGAGGUGCAGUGGCUGGAGGUCACGCUGGGCUUCGUGGUCCCCUUCGCCAUCAUCGGCCUCUGCUACUCGCUCAUCGUCAGGGUCCUGGUGACGGCGCACCGGCACCGUGGCCUUCGCCCACGGAGGCAGAAGGCUCUGCGCAUGAUCCUGGCCGUGGUCCUGGUCUUCUUCGUGUGCUGGCUGCCCGAGAACGUCUUCAUCAGUGUACACCUGCUGCAGCGCGUGCCGCCCGGGGCCGGACCCUGCCAGCGGUCCCCCCGCCACGCGCACCCGCUGGCCGGCCACGUGGUCAACCUGGCCGCCUUCUCCAACAGCUGCCUCAACCCCCUGGUCUACAGCUUCCUCGGGGAGACCUUCCGAGACAAGCUGCGGCUCUACAUGGAGCAGAAGACCGGCCUGUCUGCCCUGAACCGCUUCUGCCACGUGGCCCUGAAGGCGGUGGUCCCGGAGAGCACCGAGCAGGCCGAGGUGAAGUUCAGCAGUGCCGUGUAG